GAGGAGGCGAGUAGCUGGUAGUGACUGGAGGUUUCGCUAUGGGAAGUCGUGUGUCUCCGUCAGCCCUGCUCCCUGGUUCUCCGCAGCCGCUGUCGCUGGAGAGCACCGGGAGGCGCGGGUUCCAAGCGCGCCUGCUUCUCCCCGCCCGGGCGCCCGCGCCCCUGGGCAGGUGCUGAGCGCCUUCCCGAGCCUUCCCUGCCGCCUCCCUCUUCCGCCCGGCCGCCCGGCUGCUGCAGUGCACAUGGGCUGCUGGAGGUAGAUGGGCUCCCCGCCCGGGAGGCGGCGGUGGAUGCGGCGCUGGGCAGAAACAGCCACCGAUUCCAGCUGCCGUGGGGCCGCGCGCUCCGGGCGCCCCUGCGAGCCCCAGGCUCGGCCAUGGGGACCUCGGCAAGCAGCACCACCGCCUUCGCCUCUGGCAGCCGCAUCACCGGCCAAGUCGGAGCCACGAUGGUCGCCGGCUCCCUUCUCCUGCUGGGAUUCCUCAGCACCAUCACAGCUCAGACGGAACAAAAGACUCCGAGUCUCACGGGCACGUACCGCCAUGUUGACCGCACCACUGGCCAGGUGCUAACCUGUGACAAGUGUCCAGCAGGAACGUAUGUCUCCGAGCACUGCACCAACGUGAGCCUGCGUGUUUGCAGCAGCUGCCCUGCGGGGACCUUUACCAGGCAUGAGAACGGCAUAGAGAGAUGCCACGACUGUAGUCAGCCGUGCCCAUGGCCGAUGAUCGAGAGAUUUCCUUGUGCUGCCUUGACUGACCGAGAAUGCACUUGCCCACCUGGAAUGUAUCAGUCGAACGGUACCUGCGCUCCCCAUACAGUGUGCCCUGUGGGCUGGGGUGUGCGCAAGAAAGGGACGGAGAAUGAGGAUGUGAGGUGCAAGCAGUGUGCUCGGGGCACCUUCUCUAACGUGCCUUCCAGUGUGAUGAAAUGCAAAGCCCACACAGACUGUCUGGGUCAGAACCUGGUGGUGGUCAAGCCGGGGACCAAGGAGACAGACAACGUCUGUGGCACACGCCUGUCCUCCAGCACAGCCCCACCUUCCCCUGGCACAGCUCUCUUUUCUCACCCUGAGCACAUGGGAUCCCAUGAAGUCCCUUCCUCCACCUAUGAGCCCCAAGGCAUGAACUCAACAGAAUCCAACUCUACUGCCUCUGUUAGACCAAAGGUACCCAGUGGCAUCCAGGAAGGGACAGUCCCCGACAACACAAGCUCAACAAGUGGGGAGGAAGGCAUGAACAAGACCCUCCCGAGCCCACCACAAGUCACCCACCAGCAAGGCCCCCACCACAGACACAUUCUGAAGCUGCUACCCACAUCCAUGGAGGCCACUGGCGAGAAGUCCAGCACGGCCAUCAAGGCCCCCAAGCGGGGCCAUCCCAGACAGAACCUGCACAAGCAUUUCGACAUCAAUGAGCAUCUGCCUUGGAUGAUUGUCCUCUUCCUCCUGCUGGCGCUGGUGCUGAUCGUGGUGUGCAGCAUCCGCAAGAGUUCCAGGACUCUCAAGAAGGGGCCCCGGCAGGACCCCAGUGCCAUUGUGGAAAAGGCGGGCCUGAAGAAAUCCUUGACUUCGACCCAGAACCGGGAGAAGUGGAUCUACUACUGCAAUGGCCAUGGUAUUGACAUCCUGAAGCUCGUAGCGGCCCAGGUGGGAAGCCAGUGGAAGGACAUCUAUCAGUUUCUUUGCGACGCCAGUGAGAGGGAGGUGGCUGCUUUCUCCAAUGGCUACACCGCUGACCAUGAACGGGCUUACGCAGCCCUGCAGCACUGGACCAUCCGUGGCCCCGAGGCCAGCCUCGCCCAGCUAAUCAGUGCCCUGCGCCAACACCGACGCAAUGACGUUGUGGAGAAGAUUCGUGGGCUGAUGGAAGAUACUACGCAGUUGGAAACGGACAAACUGGCUCUCCCCAUGAGUCCCAGUCCACUUAGCCCAAGUCCCAUUCCCAGUCCUAACGUGAAGCUUGAGAAUUCCACUCUCCUGACAGUAGAGCCCUCCCCUCUAGACAAAAACAAGGGCUUCUUCGUGGACGAGUCGGAGCCCCUUCUACGCUGCGACUCCACGUCCAGUGGUUCAUCGGCACUGAGCAGGAACGGCUCCUUUAUUACCAAAGAAAAGAAGGACACGGUGUUGCGGCAGGUCCGCCUGGACCCCUGUGACCUGCAGCCCAUCUUCGAUGACAUGCUGCACAUCCUGAAUCCCGAGGAGCUGCGGGUGAUUGAAGAGAUCCCCCAGGCUGAGGACAAACUGGACAGGCUCUUUGAGAUCAUUGGGGUCAAAAGCCAAGAAGCCAGCCAGACCCUCCUGGACUCUGUGUACAGCCAUCUUCCCGACCUGUUGUAGAACACAGAGGCACUGCAUUCUGGAAAUGGACCUUCUGGCGGGCUGGUUACAUUUUGUUUCUGACUUUUGUGUUCUGGUGUGUGCGCGUAUGUAUGUGUUUAACAGAGUAUAUGGCCGGUGCUUGAGUUUGGGGUUUGGGAAUUUUUCUUUUCUUGUUUUUCUCUUCUUGAAAGGGAAUUUAUAAAGCCUUUUCGAUGUAUAACUGUUGGAAAAUGCCCACCACUAAAGUUUUUUUAAGUUCCA